UUUAAGCCAGACUUGUAAAGUCAGCGGCAAAAUGUAUGGCUUUAAUAACGAUUCACUUCAACAAACGUGUUAUCUGAGCCUCGUUUUCUCAUUUCUUUUUGAAAUUCAAUUCGUCCAGAAGUUGUCAAAACAAAAAAAAAAAGUUUUUGCAUACUUUAGACACCUUGUCGAACAUGCUUUCUUGUUUGGUCUUUGUCUGCGUUAUAGCUUGGAUUGGGAGCCCAAACGAAUGUGUCACCAUUACCAGUGUGCGCUUAUAUCAAUUCGGAACAUCUCAGCCAGUGGAUUAUUUGGACGUCACCGGACCCUAUUCGUUGCCUCAUUGGUUGUAUUUUGACUUUACGUUGAACCUCAACGAAAGUGUCCGAGUUAUAGACUUUGAAAAGGACAACGAAUUGUUGUACAAGUCCGAGUGGAACAAGGCUUUAAUCAAAGACGAGCUCUUCUUGGGUUUCACUCGAUAUCAAAUCACCCUCGACGUUCUUCCGUUGAGUCAUGGGAAGCUGGUCUUUUUGCAGCCUUCUGUGGCCAUGGAAGGCACUUAUCGGAUGACCAUGAAGGCCAGAGACAUCUCCGGCCACGAAACUGUCAGUCAAUGGGUGCUCAAGGUUGAUGCUUUAAGCAGAUGCACCGAGAUGAAGUUCGACGAAGCCUUUAUGGAUGCAAACACGUGCAUUGUGGGUAUGCAUUUCUAUUGUGAACGCCCUAUUUACCCUUUGAGAACAGUGACUCGACGUAGAGUGGAGUGGACCUCUCCGGACGAUCCCGAUUUCGAACUCCAAGAGAACUUGAGGUUGGAUGAGUUCCAGACGUUGACAGACGGAAGGAUUCUUUUCGACUUUUUGGCGUUAUACCAUAUCAGACCGGAUUCUCCAACUUCCGUGGAAAUGCGGUUCAUGUUUUCUCAAUUGGACGACAUCCCGCUCAUUGAUCAUCACCACACCUUCAGUACCAACGCCAGUCAAUCAUGUAAGGAAAUGUAGGUACGCCUCGACACACGAUCUGAUCACCCUCACCCCGACUGAAUUUUCUGUCAUCCGAUUGUCGUCAAGCAAUGGGGAUGCCACUCCAAUAAACAAGUGGUCCCUCUUGAUUCCCUUCAUUAUUCAGAUCAUUUUUUCAAUUUCAACAUGUUCAGUCAAAAAACCAUAAAAGGUGUCGUAUCAGUAACUACUACUUUGUCAGUCAACACCACGUUUCCCCUCCAUGUUUCUUUUAGUAUUUCAUCCGAGGAGGAAGGUCUUGGUCAAACUCUGGUCACAUUUGGAUUUUUAUUAUUAAAUAUUUCAUGGCUGCGUUUGGUAGCAAACCCUAAAUCACAGGUUAAUAAGAGUUCGUUGCUCCUCAAAAUAAUAAACAUCCUUAAAUAAUCGUA